CGUCAGGAAUAUCCUCAGCAGCCUGUUGCUUCCCAGACCCACCGACAGGGAGAAGAAGCGGCGGUCUGGAGUGGCGCGCACACGCUGACUGAGGCCCCCUCUCGGAGCGGUAGCCGAGCGAUUUCCUCAAGGUGGAGCGGGCGUUUGUGGAAGUGGAGGCGCUGUGCUCCACGGGGAGCCGAGCUACCCGCGCCGGACCAGAGAGGGACAAGCUCAGACGUCGCGUGGCAGAGGGCUGCUGAAACUCAACCUGGGACACGGGUCUCGUUGCCAGGUUUUCGAGACACACGCUGCGGCAUGGAGCCGCGUAACAGCUUCAUGUCACACGUGGAAAUGCUGAGACUGUUGAUCAAACAGCGACUGGAUGCAGCCGCUGAUCAGAUACUGGAGCUGUUUGACGGAAUAACAGCACAAUAUGAGAAGGAACUAUUACACAGAUCAGAUGUACAGCAGCCUUUGGUGAUUAAAGAAGAGGCCCCCCCUGACUGGAGCCCCAGCCUGGACCAAGAGGAACCAGAGCCCCUGCACAUAAAAGAGGAACAGGAUGAGCUCGAGACCCAUCAGCUCAAUGUGUCGGAGGAGAUGGAAAUCACCAAGUUCACUGCUGGUCCUGUGAAGAGUGAAGACAGCAAAGAGAAACCUCAGUCUUCACAGCUUCAUCAGAGCUUAACUGAAGACAAUAGAGAUGCAGAGACUCAAGCCAGCAGCUUUGCUACGCUGAUAAAAACAGAGACUGAUGUAAAGGACCAAAGACAAUCAGAACCAGUCAGGAACCUAGAUCCAGAUAGUCAGUCACAAUCGAAUGCUGAUGAAAAGGCUUCAGACUCCUCUGGGACUAAAGUCGGUAAUGCUGAGUUGCAGGAAGCUUUGUCAGAUUCUAGAGCUGUAGGUACAGAAAGUGAAAAUAGUUGUGAGGGGACCAGGGCACCUGAGUCUGCUGUACUUUCUCUGAAAUAUAAGGAAGCCCCUGUCAGCAAAGAGGGAUACAAGGCUUACAAAAAGUACUUCAGCUUCUUUAAAUGUAGUAAACAAUUUUACCUUCAGAGGUUUCUUCAGGGAAAAAGAUCCUCCAGCUGUUUGGUAAGAAAGAUAUAUUUUAGUACGAAGCAAAAGGUAUAUUCACAGAAGAGAGUCCACACAGGAGAGAAACCAUUUGGUUGUGAUAUAUGUGGCAAAAGGUUUACAGUGAAGGGAAAUCUGAAGAAACACAACGGAGUCCAUACAGGAGAGAAACCAUUUGGUUGUGAUAUUUGUGGCAAAAGAUUUAAUCAGGCUGGACAUCUGGAGAAACACAACACAGUCCACACAGGAGAGAAACCAUUUGGUUGUGAUAUUUGUGGAAAAAGAUUUACAGGGACUGGACAUCUGAAGAGACACAACAGAAUCCAUACAGGAGAGAAACCAUUUGGUUGUGAUAUUUGUGGCAAAAGAUUUAAUCAGUCUGGAAAUCUGAAGAGACACAAGACAGUCCAUACAGGAGAGAAAUCAUUUGGUUGUGAUAUUUGUGGCAAAAGAUUAACAUUGAAGGUCACUCUGAAGACACACAUUCAUGAAUUGAAAUAAACUUUUCUGUUCAGUUUUGUUUGUGAAAUAUUAAUUAACUUAGUGUCUCGAUGAGAAGAGCAGAAUUUUGUAUUAUUUUUGGCUUUCUCUUCUGUUUUUUUUAAGUAUGUAAAAUGUCCAAAUAUUCCCUUUCUACAUUGUUGGUAAUUGAGAAGGGAUAGUUUACCAAACAUCUGUUACAUUUUCAUUAAAAUCUGAACAAAAAAACUGUAA